GCCAUUCAUCCACAAGAUUGAUUGAUGAACCACGUGGUCGGCCCGAAGGUUGUUAUUCCAGCCCUAUCAACAAAGCUGCGCUUUCUGUCGAAUUGUGACUUCCCGCAGGUUUUGGCGAAACCUUGGGGAUUUAAGGGGAAGAGCAAUGUUCCUGCCAAGGGCGCGUAUUUCAUUAACGUUGAUUACCUCAACGAUUGUCCCCUCAGGUGUAAUUCGGAGCGAUGGCACGAAUAAUUUGCGUCGAUGGUUCACUCUCCAGUUUGUGGAUGGUUGCUCUCAGCCUCAUGGCCCAUUUCGGGCCGAUCAAGGAACGGCUGCCAAAUUGAAUUGCAUGAGUUGCGGUGUCAGAACCAGCCGACGUAACGAGAGGCUGGGUCACCUGCGUGUUCGAGUUGUUUGCUCGCUGAGGUUACGCUGGCGGGUGAUGAGUUGGGUUAAUUGGUUAAAACACAGAACCCCCAUCUCCAUCCGCGCAAAUCGCGAAUUCACCGUUUCCCCACUUGCCGAAUCAACCAACUGAAAUCGUUCAAUACAAAUCCUCUUCCCCAGUUGAGCAUGGUCCUCCCACGUUGCUGCUUUUACAUACUCCUGGCAUCCUUUGUCUAGA